GUUGGGGUGGGGGGUCAAUUUUCAAUCUCCAUGUCUCACAUCUUUUGGGGAUGUGGGAGGCUGUUUCCUAGAGGUUUUAACCUCAAUGCCUCCUAGGUCUCUGACCAGCCUUUGUCUGGGCCAUUAUACUGUUAUUGAAGCUGGAUCCACUAACUUUUAGAGUUUUUAGAUCACCUACAGAUACUUUUAAUUUCGGGAUAACUUUGGGACUCAGAAAGACUAAAUUGGAAAUUGCCCAAAGGGGUUGAUUUUUUUUUAAGUAGGGGCAGGAUCUUGGCUAUUUAUUGCGGGAGGUCUGUGUAGGUUGGACUGAUGCAGCAUCCAUGCUGCAGGGCGUGGUGGCACUCAGUUGGAGAGGAAUGCGGAAUCAUGGGUAGGCGACUUGGAUCCUGUCAGGGUGUGGACGUGUAAGUGGCAAAAUGUGAAAGUUUAACAAAGAGUCACGAAGCUACACAUUGCCACACUAAGGCACCUUGCUCAUUCUGCCUAAUGGCUGGCCGCGCUUCGAAGAAUUCCGCGUUUGUAGCUCCUCCCUCAGAUGGACCUCUUGCCCAAUCAGUGGCUUUGGUUUCACUAGGCUAGGUGCUCAUUGGCUGUCGUAUAAAAGCUCCCGGGUACUGACGUUUCCACCUCUUCCUGGCCUCUCAGGUAAUUGGCGUUCCGGGUAACCAAUCAGGAAGAGGAUCUCCGGGAACGCCAGCCUUUUACUUUACCGAACGGCCAAUCCAGUGGGUAGGUUCACCUCUCUUUCUACCCAGAGUCACUGCUGUGGCCGCCGCCAUUUUAGCGUUUUGUCAGAACCGUCUGCGCUGCAAGGAGGAGGACCUGCAGAUUUCCAUGCGGUGAGAGACUCCACGUUCUUCCACUGUGUCCUUUGCUCUGUUAAAAACUUAACUCUACUCCCUUGGGCAUCAGGGUUGUCCUAGUGGGGUCGCGGUGUGCGCACCCGUCCCUGAGAACCGACAUCGGUCCUCGACUUAGUGCGGCUUUGUGGAGAUGGUGAAGCUGUUCAUCGGAAAUCUGCCCCGGGAGGCCACAGAGCAGGAGAUCCGCUCACUCUUCGAGCAGUACGGGAAGGUGCUGGAAUGUGACAUCAUUAAGAACUAUGGCUUUGUGCACAUAGAGGACAAGACGGCCGCUGAGGAUGCCAUACGCAACCUGCACCAUUACAAGCUGCACGGAGUGAACAUCAAUGUGGAAGCCAGCAAGAAUAAGAGCAAAGCUUCAACCAAGUUACAUGUGGGCAACAUCAGUCCCACUUGUACCAACCAAGAGCUUCGGGCCAAGUUUGAGGAGUACGGCCCAGUCAUCGAAUGUGACAUCGUGAAAGAUUAUGCCUUUGUACACAUGGAGCGGGCAGAGGAUGCGGUGGAGGCCAUCAGGGGCCUUGACAACACAGAGUUUCAAGGCAAACGAAUGCACGUGCAGUUGUCCACCAGCCGGCUUAGGACCGCGCCCGGGAUGGGAGACCAGAGCGGCUGCUAUCGGUGCGGGAAAGAGGGGCACUGGUCCAAAGAGUGUCCAAUAGAUCGUUCGGGCCGCGUGGCAGACUUGACUGAGCAGUAUAAUGAGCAGUAUGGAGCAGUGCGUACGCCUUACGCCAUGAGUUAUGGGGAUUCAUUGUAUUACAACAACGCGUACGGAGCACUCGAUGCCUACUACAAGCGCUGCCAUUCUGCCCGGUCCUAUGAGGCAGUGGCAGCUGCAACUGCCUCUGCAUAUAAUAACUAUGCAGAGCAGACUUUGUCCCAGCUGCCACAAGUCCAGAACACAGCCAUGGCCAGUCACCUCACCUCCACCUCUCUCGAUCCCUACAAUAGACAUCUGUUGCCGCCUUCAGGAGCUGCUGCAGCAGCAGCUGCUGCUGCUGCUUGUACUGCAGCUUCUACUUCAUAUUACGGGCGGGAUCGGAGCCCCCUGCGUCGCGCCACAGGCCCAGUCCCCACUGUUGGAGAGGGCUACGGUUACGGGCAUGACAGUGAGUUAUCCCAAGCUUCAGCAGCUGCUCGGAAUUCCCUGUACGACACGGCCCGGUGUGAGCGGGAGCAGUAUGCGGAUCGGGCUCGGUACUCGGCCUUUUAAAGUGUGAGGUGGGAUGUGUGUGGGCUGACAUUCCAAGCUGCGGUUGUGCAUGAGAAUACACCCUCCGUGGUACCCCAUCUCCGGGAUGUUCUCGGCUCUGUGCAUUCAAUCCCUCAGGAACCAUGGACCUUAAUUUACCUUGUGAAGUUCUUUGUCUUUCCUAUUCUCUCUCCUGCUCAACUUCCUGUUUUCCUGUUUAUUCUUCUGUAGCUUCCCACUCGAGUUCUGUUCUCCCAGCAUGCCUCCUAUGCAGAAACUGGUAGGGGCUGUGUUGUCUUCCCUGCCUCCUGACUGCAGUAGGUAUUGGAUUUGGGAGUAACCUUGAUGAAAAUCACUGCUCCUAGUUUUCCUUUUUGGCCCAAAGAUUAGACUUAGAAAUUUGGAAUACUUUCCAGUGAAAUAAAUGGUUUUUCAAAUUAGGGUAUGUGUGCUUUGAGAAAGUUCUUGUUUGGGCUUGUUUCUGGGUUCUUUGUUUAUCUGUACCCUGAACAGAAGAUGGGGGAGUGUUUAAAGUUGAAGCUACUUAGCUUUGGCUAACACUGCUGAGGUUUUUAAGUUUUGCUUUUUAAAAUAGUAGAUGACUUUACUAAAUAAAAAAAGAGGUUAUACAGAACUCAAGUAGGCAUCUUUGUUUCAAUGAAGACAUUUCCUACUGGUCUCCUUUAGUUAAAGCCAGUUAACUAGUGGUUUAGAGCUAUAGAUGUUUACUUGCUGGAGAAAUAUUCAUUGUGUAUGCUUGCAUCUGCUGUUAACACUCAGUAAACAUAUCUCCCUUGACUUAUUUUCAGGAAAAAGGUGAAGGUUUGAGGAAGAAGAGGUAGCUUUCAUCUUUGGGAAAAAUGAAGGUAUGGCUCCCACCAGAGUAUAUUUAGCUACUCCAUAGGCCAGAACUACCUCAUGAUGCAUUUCACUAUUUGUAUAGUUCUGCCAAAAUCAAGAGACUACACGAGUAAUUCCACAAGCAUCUUGUAGCUUGUUCCUAAUGGCUUUAGAUGAGGUAUAAAGGGCCCAGCAGCUCCUUUAUAAGUGCUUGAUAAGCUUACUGAGUCUUCCACAGUGAGGACAAGUAUUUGAAUGCAGUGAGGAGCCACUGUCUUAGUGUCAUGUUUUUAUUAAAACAGUUUUAUCUUUUCUGUUUUAACAUAUAUAGGGUCAUGUCUCAGAAUCAUUUACUUGGCUACUACAGGAUGCCUAUGUUAUGCCAGGCAUGCUUUUAGUAAAGUGCUUACAAAUGAUAAAAGGAAGUAAAGAUGACAGAAAAGAGCUGCUUUUGUCUUGGGCGACUUCAGGUUUUUCUACUAGCUGCUUCUGUCUAUCUCGUUGAUUCAUUCUAAUUUAUAGACAGCUGGGAUUGUGACAGCUGUCGGUGGACAAAGAUAAUUUUUUUGUAGUGUGAGACCCUGUGCUAGGUGAUGUAUGUGUUCUUCAGUCUUUCCAGGAAAUGUUUUUCUUAGCAUAUGUUUCCUUCCUGGCUGAAUUGGUUUUCUUUGCCACUACCUUGGAAAGGUUCAUACCUAUGUUGGUUCCUCUUUCUUUAAUAGAUAGAUGUGAUUACUGCUGUGCUUUUACAGUUUUAGCACAAUUUCUUGAUGUGAUGGUUGGGAAUGGCACAGUCUCAGAGGAUAGAGACUUACUAUUUGUUGAUUUAACAGGCUUGAGGAUACUUUCACAGAUGGUGACCCAGGUGCUGGGGAUUUUAGAGCUUUUUGGGGGGUACUUAGGUCUGUUUAUAGUGGUGUAUGCCUUUUUUCUAGCAUUUGCAAAGCAGAGACAGGCAGAUCUCUUGAGAGUUCAAGGCCAGUCUGGUGUACAGAUUGAGUUCUUAGGGAGUCAGAACUUCAGACUGAGACCCAGCCUCAAAAAUAAGAUAAAAGUGCAUAUCAAAUGGAACAUCCCAUCUGAAUGGAUUAUUUUUAUUGACUUGUUAGGAUAGCCUUGGUGAUUUCUUACCAUGUUGCUCAGGUAAUCCUCCUGCCUCACCUUCUGAGUAAUUGGAGCUAAAGGUGUACAAACUACAUUGUGCUCUACUUUUUACAUUAUUAAAACAUUCAAAGAGAUGAAAAUUUA